UACAUAUUUAUAUUAUGGAAGGCGAUACUGAAUUAUUUGGACAUUCCACUAUUAAAGGUCAAGUGGAUGCCAACUCAGCUCGUUCGAGUCGGUCUCCAGCACGUAAUCUCAAUCGUGCGGUAGCUUCCGGUGGCCGUCUUACUGCUUCUGCUGUCGCCACUAAUGCCGUCACCUCAGCUACAGCCUCAGCCUCUGGAUGUCCAUGCGAACCACUACCUUCAGGUCUCCUGCCUCCUGCCGAACUCCCACUUGCUUUUCUUGAACAGCGCCGUUGGUGGCGAGUCGCUUUACCGCGCCGAUUGACGACUCACCUUCCACUUCUACAACCAGGAGGGCUGCUUCAGACAUGCGGUCACGCUGUGCAUCGCCAGUGCUUCGAUAAAUACUUGACAAUGGUAAGUAAAUUAUUAUUGUGGAGAACUUUAUUUCGUAUGAAUGUGCAUAAUGAAGAGAUUCGAAGGUCGAUCUCAACAUGA